GAAAAGGAGAGAGGACGAAGAUGAUGAAGAAUUAAAGCUAAGGUGUGGUCACAUGAUUUCCAACAAUCCGAAGGGAGCAAUCAGUCGCAUAUGAUCUUUUACCCAUAAAGACCAAAAAUAAUAAUUGGGUUGGCCAGCAAGUUGUUCGAUCAACUGCAAGAAGGAUUGAGGCACGCAGCAAUUGUAACCAGCUGAUUAAGAAGAAACAAUUCAUCCGUACAUCUUGGGAAUUGUAAGUUGCUAGCAGGUGCCAUGAUGAAUGAGCUGGAGUUAAUUGGUGAUCAAAAAGAAAAGACUGACAAAAAUAUCAGUGAGGACCAAGCAGAAAACAUAUCGGUGGGUUCUUCCCAGAAAUGCUCAUGCUUUGAUUUAAAUGAAGAAGCCAGCGAUAACAGCGACAAUGAUAUUAGCAAUGCCAACGUUAACCUGGCUGAUAAUGAACUUAGUACAGUUAGAAAUGAUGAAUGUAGAGCCCUAGCCCAGGGAAACAUUAAUAGUAAUGCAGCUACUAUUAGUAAUAGCUCUAGGGUUAAAGUAAGGCCAUAUGUACGAUCCAAACUACCUCGUCUGCGGUGGACACCCCAACUCCAUCUUUCAUUUUUGCAUGCUUUGGAAUUACUGGGAGGGCAUGAGAGAGCAACUCCCAAGUUGGUUCUUCAGCUAAUGAAUGUGAGAGGACUAAGUAUUUCCCACGUAAAGAGUCACUUGCAGAUGUAUCGAAGUAAGAAGCUUGAUAGGGAUGGUCAAGUAGUAUCUGAUGAGAAAACUUACGACUACACGGAUGGAAGAGAAUCAAGGGAUCACAUACCUAACUUGGAUUCGAGGUCAAGUUCUCUGACAAAGAAAGAAGUCGUACAAGGCAACAAUUUGAACAAAGCUUUGCAUCAUACAAGCACCCCCAUAAACCCUAGCCGAUUACAUGAGGAAAAGAGGUGGCCUCCAUUUCAAAGCAUUAGCAAAAGCUGGAGGGCCAGAAGAUUUGCUUCCAACAAUAUCAAUUGGUCAAAUAGUCAUAACGGCUCAUCCCAAUCUGAUAUAAUGCAUCACAUGAUUAGCAACAGACCAACAGAUCAUGAUCUACGUUGUUGGAACCUUGAAGGUCAUAGCAAUUCAAGUAGCUACAAACAAGAAUUCGAACCGCCAUUUAGGCUUGAGUGGAACAAGGAAAAAAUUUUGAAGUACAAGGAAUGGAUGCCUGAUUUGGAGUUGGGUCUGCAAAGCCAAAGAGUUUGGAAUGAGAUCAAUGACGAGACUCAGCAUCAUCAGACGAUUAGUCACGCAGAAGGAAAUUAUGAAACUGUGCAAGGAGUUAUAGAGACUUCACAACAUUACAAAGAUCAUCAAUUCGAGGACAUGAAUAGCAAACAAGAAACUAUUAGCACCAAGCUUUCCCUUUCUCUUUAACUAUUAGUAGUCCACCCCAUAUCGUCAACUAUAUAUCCUCAACAUAGUAAAUAGCUGAAAUGAUCCAAACAAAAUCACAGUAAUGUAAACAACCUUGUAGCCAGGCCACAUUUUGAGCCUGAGUUUCUCAACUAUAUGAUGAAAAUAUAACUCUUAUGUAUG